AUGUUUGGGUCUUACACUCUUUUGGCUGCGGCCUCCACUACAUUCUUUGCUACCUUGUCUUCCGCAUCGAAGGCAUACAACAAGAGCGCCGCGUAUGCGUCGGGCCUUCAGGGAGAUAGUCCGGUGCAGAAAUACGUGGCUGCAACGGACUUUACGCCCGUCCAGCUCAACUACCAAAUCCCGCUAGAUGACGCGACGGCGGCAAAGCUCUCGCCAGGGCUUCUUUUCUUCGCUCCCUGGGGCGAUUCCGUCACCCAGACCGGGCCCCUGAUCAUCAAGCAGGACGGCACCGUCGUCUGGUCCGGCAAGGACUACUCCACUUCGUCGUCCUUCAUGGUCGAGAGCUACCAAGGCGAGGACCACAUCAUCCUCUGGACGGGCGAGCACGAAGUCGGGUAUGGCCACGGGGAAUGGCAUGUCCUAAACAACGCGUACGAGGAGGUGGCAACCUACACCGCCGUCGGCCUUCAGAACGAUACCAAAUGCGAUUUCCACGAUUCGCACAUUUACAACGGCGAGACUGCGACGAUGACGGCGUACGUCACGGAGCAGCACGAUCUGACCCCUUACGGUGGACCUAAGGACGGCUACAUCCUGAACGCGGUCGUACAGGAGAUCAAUAUCGCUACCAAGGAAGUCGUCUUCGAGUGGCACGGUCUCGACCACGUCGACCCGUCAGAGUCGUACACCAAGCCGACGCUUACAGGCUACAAUAGCUCGGCGCCCUGGGAUUACUUCCACCUCAACGCUAUCGAUAAGGACUCGAACGGCGACUACCUUAUUUCGUGCCGACACUGCCACUCGCUGCUCAAGGUCGACAAGUCCUCGGGCGACAUUGUGUGGCGCCUGAAUGGGAAGAACUCGAACUUCACGAUGGGGAAGGACGCGUCGUUCUCCUGGCAGCACGACGGGCGAUGGAGGAGUGAUAAUACGAUCUCCCUCUUCGACAACGCGGGCACGACGAUCAGGCAGGACCGUAUUGCCUCCCGGGGCCUGCUGCUCAGCGUGGACACGGACGCGAUGACGGUUGACCUCAUUCAGGAGUUCGACCCCGUCAACAAGGUCAUCUCGCGCUCGCAGGGCAACAACCAGCUGCAGCCAAAUGGAAACUUCUUGGUUGGCUACGGUGCCGAGCCGGCCUUCGAGGAGUACGAUUCGGAGGGGAACCCGCUGUGGGCGAUGCAGUUCGCCGUGAUCAACUCGGAUGUGGCGGCCUGUAAGUGGUCUUCUCUGUCCAUGACCAUCCCCUCUUUACUGAUUCUGAUCACCCUCUCGGUCCGCACCUACCGCUUCGACUGGCACGCCACGCCCUCUACGCCGCCCUCCCUCGCCAUUGUCGGCGAGUCCGACUCCAACCGCACCGCGUACGCCUGGUGGAACGGGGCGACCGACGUCGCGACGUGGGCGCUGUUCGGCUCGGUCGAGGAGGAUGGGACGAGCAGCAGUCUGGUGAAUGUGACGCGGGAUGACUUCGAGACGGCGAUCGCCUUUGAUGGGUGGGCGGAUUAUGGGAAGUAUACGGUGGUGGCGCUGGAUGGGGAGGGGAAGGUGUUGGGGACGUCGGAUGCGGUUAGUGCGUGA